GCUGGAUCUUUGCUUACCACAUGCACACAUACCGGUACCCCAUGUCACCCAUGCAACAGCCGCGCCGCCGGCCGACCGACCAUCGCAUCGUCACUGCGCCAAUCGACGAAAAGUUAUUAGCUCCGCAGAAAUAGACGACUGUUCGCACACACCUCAGCAGUAUGCCAAGUUUAAAAUCGGUGGCUGUGCUGAUAGCUUUAGUUGCAAUAUAUUGCAACUGGCCACAGCCUCCAUUGUCAGACAGACUUCAAAAGUGGAAGAGUUCAGGGAAAAACUUUAAGUUCAAGGAUUUCAAUAUUUUUUACAAAGAUUCUUUGGGUCAAGGCCAAAGUGCUGCCAAUCGAGUGGUGCUUAUUCUUCAUGGCUUCCCAUCAUCAACCUUUGAUUGGUACAAGAUGUGGGAUGGACUGGCAUCUCACUUUGGACGGGUCAUUGCUCCUGAUUUUAUUGGGUUCGGUUUGAGCGACAAACCAAAAGGUCAUUCUUACACCAUGUUUGAGCAAGCUGAUAUCGUAGAGUCACUUCUUGCCAAGCUUGGAGUACAGCAGGUACACAUCCUUGCUCAUGAUAUGGGUGAUACAGUGGCUCAGGAACUCAUAGCAAGACAAAAUGCCCUAAUCAAGUCAAAGAAGAAGUCAAGUCUUAAAAUUCUGAGUGUUUGUUUGACAAACGGAGGCAUUCUUCCGGAAACACUGGAAAUAAGGUUUACCCAGAAGCUCAUGUUGAACCCCUGGAUUGCACCAAUUGGAACAAGAGUGACCAACCGUCUGAUUUUCAGGAAAGCAUUUGGAGAGGUUUUUGGUGAGCGGACACAGCCAACCAUGGAUGAAUUUGAAGAUCACUGGGCAUUGAUGCGUUGGAAUGAUGGAAACCUCAUUGCACACGAUCAAAUACAGUAUCUUCCUCAGAGGUAUGCCAAUAGAGAUAAAUGGGUUGGGGCCCUUCAGGAGACCAAGAUUCCUUUGCACUUGAUAUAUGGCCCAGCAGACCCAAUCAAUCCACCAAACACUUUCCUGAAACGAUACAAAAUGUUGAUGCCAAACUCUGGAGUUACUGAACUAUCUGAUCAUAUCAGCCAUUACCCACAGCUUGAAGAUCCGGACAGUGUCUUUCAGGCCUAUGUGGGAUUCAUGCAUAGUCUCAAAAUCAACUAGGAGUUAAAACCUUUUGAGUUAAAAAAAAUAUCAGUUUAUGAUGAGUCAUGGGAAUAGGUGCAGGUUUUUUUCUCUAUCUCCAAAAAUCAGUCUUCCUUUCGAUUUGAAAACUACAGGUUUGUACAUGGUUUAUUUACAGUAAAAAGAAAAUUAUUUGGAGGAGAUUCAGUU